UAUUAAUGGAAGAUAAAUCCCAAACACCAAAUUUUGAAGAUACCCAGAUUGUUGAUACUCCAGUCGAAGUUACUCAGAAUGACGAACUUGAGAGCAAAGAGCCUCUUAAAGAUGACGUCAAUUUAAAAUCCGAAGAACCUGAAGUUAAGGAGACUUGAGUCCAAGAAAAACUGAUCUACUACUGCUCUUCAUUUGACCUUAACGUCAAGGAAUGGUAUUCUGAGUAUGAGAACGUUGAAAUAUUUAAGAGAAGAAUGAAAUAAGCUUGGCCGCAAUUGGAUUAAAUUGGUCUACCAAGCUGUUGAGACUACAUCUCAGAUUUCAUCAGAAUCAGGGAUAGAAAGUGACGAACUUGAAAGUGAAGAUACAGAAGACAACAUCAACUCCCACUGUUUGAACGUUGCAAUAGAGUUUUAUUUAACCUCAGCUAAGAAAAAAGAAGAGGACUCUUUCGAGGACUUUCAUAUUGGGCUUAAAGAGUACUUUAUCAAAAAGGGAUAUAUCAUAGUAGAUGAGCCUCUUUUCGAAUCUUUGGCUCAUACAUUCCACAUUCUUGCAGAAACCGAAGAAGACAACAUUUCUAAGAAAAAGACUGCUGACAAAAAGUUCGAAGAAGAAUACAGAAAGACCAAGAAGAGGGACAAGAAGAUGGAGAACAAAGAGUCUAACAUGGAAGAAGAAAAAGAUAGCAAUACUGAUCCUAAACUUGUGGCAAAAUCUCGUCACAGAAAAUAUAAAACUAUGAUUCCUGGGUAUAAUAUGAUAAAGAAAAGAAUCAUUACACCUCUUUUACUUGCCUCUGAAAGAGUUGUAGAGUACUGGACUCCAGACCAAGCUGAUGGUGACAAGAAAGAUGGCACUGAGAAAAGCUCUAAUGAAGAGGAAAAACUUAAUGAUAGAAUGGCAAAACUCUCACUUGAAGAUCUUGAGAAGAGAAAGAACAGAAGACGUAAAACUAAGUGUCUUCGAAAAUCUAAAAGAAAUAUCAAUAUCUCAAAGAAUUUAGUCGAUAAAGCUUCUGACUGUGUCGACUUCAUUAGUGAAAGAAUGCCAGUUGAAUCAAAGGUCACUAGAAACUUUGUGACUAACAUGAUUGAGCUAUCAGACAGUGCCCUUAAAAGAAUUUCAGAUAGCUGAGAAGGAAUUGAUAGCUCUGAAAGUAAUAACCUUAACAUGAGAUUUAUUAAACCUUCUAAGAAGUUUUAUAACCUCCUAAUGUCUGUUUGGAUAAAAAUGGACACUACUAGCAUUUUUGAGAUGACUGAGGAUCAGUUCAUCGAAAAUGUCAAACAAGCCCUAGAAAAAGAAGGUAUUGAAUGGUCAGAUGCUUACCUAGAACCUACUAAUACAUUUUAUAAUGUAGCUCGUGAAGAGUUUAUGAGCCUUUAUCAAAGUCAGAAAGAUGAAGCAUCUGAUCAAGGUGUUGAACCAAGUAACUUUAUCUUUUCGGUUACCAGAUUCUUUGCUUCUAUAAAAUCCACACUCCUUGAAAUGUGGCAUUCAGAAAUUGUCCAAAAGAGCGCAGAGUUUACUGCAGCCUCAUCUACAGAUAAUGUGCCAGAAGAACAAGAGAAAAAAGAGAAGGAAGAGCAAAAGAAGCCUUCUGGAGAAUCAUAAUAUGACUAUGACGUCAUUGUCUAACUUUAUUUAUAAUCUAAAAUAGGCUAGAUUUC